CCCGACCCGCGCGCCAUGGCCGCCGCCGCCGCCGGAGGAGGAGGAGGAGGAGGAGGAGGAGGAGGAGGGGGCGCCCACCCCCAGCCGCAGCCGCAGCUGCCCGCCCGCCUGCGCCUGCCCCUCUGCUUCCUCGGCGUCUUCGUCUGCUACUUCUACUACGGCAUCCUGCAGGAGAAAAUCACGAGAGGCCGAUACGGGGAGGGACCCGACAAGGAGAAGUUCACGUUCGCCUUAACCCUGGUCUUCAUCCAGUGCGUCAUCAACGCGAUGUUCGCCAAAAUCCUGAUCCGGUUUUUUGACACCGCCAGGGUGGACCGAACGCGGAACUGGCUUUACGCCGCCUGUUCCGUCUCCUACCUGGGCGCCAUGGUUUCCAGCAACUCCGCGCUGCAGUUCGUCAAUUACCCGACACAGGUCCUGGGCAAGUCCUGCAAGCCCAUCCCAGUGAUGCUCCUGGGGGUGACGCUGCUGAAGAAGAGCUACCCCAAGGCCAAGUACGUGUGCGUGCUGCUCAUCGUGGCGGGCGUGGCGCUCUUCCUCUACCGGCCCCGGACCGGCGGCGGAGGCGGCGGGGGCGGCGAGCACGUGGUCGGCUACGGGGAGCUGCUGCUGCUGCUGUCCCUGACCCUGGACGGGCUGACGGGCGUCUCGCAGGACCACAUGAGAGCGCAUUACCAGACCGGCUCCAACCAGAUGAUGCUCAACAUCAACCUGUGGUCCACGCUGGUCCUGGGAGGCGCCAUCCUGUUCACCGGGGAGCUGUGGGGCUUCCUGCGCUUCGCGGAGCGCCAUCCCGGCAUCCUCUCCAGCAUCCUGCUCUUCGGCCUGACCAGCGCCCUGGGCCAGAGCUUCAUCUUCAUGACGGUGGUGUACUUCGGCCCGCUGACCUGCUCCAUCGUCACCACGACCCGCAAGUUCUUCACCAUCCUGGCGUCCGUGGUCCUGUUCGCCAACCCCAUCAGCUCCCUGCAGUGGGUGGGCACCGUGCUGGUGUUCUUGGGCCUCGGCCUGGACGCCAGGUACGGCAAGAGCUCCAAGAAGACCUCGCGCUGACGGCUUCGGCGGCGACGGAAGCGGGGGUCGGGGCUCGAGACCCCCCCACCCCCCCAAGCGUGUCGCCCGGACGGCGGGGGCCCGGCGGUCCCGGCCCGGCAGGGAAGCGGCGACGCCGGACCGCGGGCCUCGAUAUUUUUCUUUUUUAAACAAAGAAACGACUCUGGAAGGACGGCU